AAAAAGAAAAAAAGAAAAAGAAGAUAUCGUGCUAUCUAAAACCGAAAAGGGUGAGGGUUUUAGUCCCCGGCUUCUAAAAUCUUGGGCCUUGGCUUGAAACCCUAGCAGCCGUUUUCCUCUUUGUCACUCUCCGAGAUGAAACUCGUCAGGUUUUUGAUGAAGCUGAACAAUGAGACGGUGUCGAUCGAGCUCAAGAACGGCACUGUUGUUCACGGAACCAUUACAGGAGUGGACAUCAGUAUGAACACCCACCUGAAGACAGUGAAGCUUACACUGAAAGGGAAAAAUCCUGUUACUCUCGAUCAUCUAAGUGUCAGAGGUAACAACAUUCGGUACUACAUCUUGCCUGACAGCUUAAACCUGGAGACCUUAUUAGUUGAGGAAACACCUAGGGUAAAGCCCAAGAAGCCAACUGCAGGGAGACCAUUGGGGCGUGGUCGAGGGCGCGGACGCGGACGUGGUCGUGGCCGAGGACGUUAGAUGUCCCUACCUGCAUUUAAAUUUUUGCAUCCUUCGAUUACAUGGAGUUAGCAUUGGAAAUUUCAUGUUGGCUUAUCCUUGGUUUAAAAAAAAAAAAUGCUUGGUUGAAUUAUGUGAUUGUACGAUUAUACGGUUGAUGGGAAGAUUUUUCAGAAUUAUUCUGAUGAUGAACUAAAAGUUUUCUAUUGGCUUUGUUGUUGCGGGUAUGGGUGGUAAACAAUCGAAUCGAAUACUAAGGUGUUCGUGUU